AUGCACCGGCUCUUCUUGCUCCUGUCACUUGUCCAGUUCGGCCUGGCUUCUUUGCGCCUCACAGAAGCACGCCUUCUACCACACCGUAUGCAUUCCGUUGAGAACGGACUAAGAUCAUCGCUGCAGAGCCAAGGCGACCCAGGUCGAUGCGAGAGUCCAGAUGGCAACUCUUACGCCUCGACAACCCUCCACAACGACAACGAGGCCUCUACCGUUUCUGGCUACAUCAUGAGGUCGUCCUCGCAGUACCCUUCCCUGUUCUGGAAGAAGAAAGGCAAUGCGGGCCUUCUGACCUCGUAUCACGAGGGCGCGAAAGGGAAGGGUGCCUGCCUCUACGCAGACUGGGAUUUGCCCGAUAAUGUGCCCCGUGUCGCCCUUGGCUCCUACAAAUGCAACAACGCGGCCUUCGAUAACAAGUACAAUGUCUUCAAAGACGGCCACGCAUGCGGACUAUGCCUCGUAGUGUACACAGAAAGGGUACGCCAAGUAGCGAUUGUGACCAACGAAUGCCCCGAUUGCCCUGGUGGCAUGGACAUGGUUCAAGAGUACUGGAACUACCUCGAAGCGGAUGGCAGCACGGAGGGCUCUUUAUUCGAGUGGGACAUCGAACCGUGCUCGAAAGUUUUCACGGGUGGCCUUGCCAUCUACUACGGCCCCAACUCGAACCCAUACUGGAAGAGAUUCCAAGUUCGUGCUUCGACGUACCCUGUUGUUGCCAUGUCAUGGGCUCUGCGUGAGUGA